GCCAAAUUCAGUAAUUUUUCUGGAUCCGAAUAUUUUGGUUCGACCAAAAAAUUCUUACAUCCAAAGUUAAACUAUAAUAUAUCAAAUAUCACUUAUCCAGCGAGUUAUUAAAUGAUUAAAAAAUAAUAAUUAGUGUAUAAUAGACAUAUUGAUUUAGUGCAAUAAAAGAAAAUGAGCUGGAUUCGUGAGGAAGAGCUGAAAUUAAGCUGGAUUGAAAAUUUGGCAAUCAAAGUUAUAAAGCAAGGACCAAUUCCAAGACAUGUAGCUUUUAUUAUGGACGGAAAUAGACGUUGGGCAUCGAAGCUUAAUAUAAAGAGAUCGGAAGGACACAAAGUUGGAUUUGAGAAGCUGUCAGAAGCCUUACAAUGGUGCUUAGAGGUCGGAAUUCAAGAAGUUACUGUUUAUGCAUUUAGCAUAGAAAAUUUCAAAAGAUCUCAAGAGGAAGUUGAUACUUUGAUGAGCUUGGCUCGUGAGAAAUUUGCUAAAUUAUUGGAAGAAAAAGAAAAGCUUAGAGAAAAAGGCAUUAAAAUUAGAGUAAUCGGCAAUUUAGAUAUGCUUCCAAAGGACGUCCAAAAAACUUUAGCUGAAGCAAUGUUAUUGACUAAGGAUAACAAUAGAUCAAUUCUAAAUGUAGCGUUUGCCUACACAUCAAGGGACGAAAUUACAAAUUCUAUAAAGACUAUAAUGCAAGGAUACGAGGACAAUGAACUGCUUCCAGAAGAUUUAACAGACACGCUUAUUGAUAAAUGUCUAUACACUAGUGAAUGUUCCGAUGUCGAUUUACUCGUCAGAACUUCAGGGGAAAAUCGUUUCAGUGAUUUUCUUCUUUGGCAGGUAAUUAAUUCUUUUUAUAUGCUGUGCUGUUUUUUAAUCGUUUUUUUAGAUCCCAUCAACGGUAUUUUACUUCACAGAAGCUUUAUGGCCAGAUUUUACACUCUGGAAUUUGCUCGCAGCUGUUUUCUAUUAUCAAAGAUGUCAUGUGCAUAAAAAAUCCUUGAAACAGCACUUUAGCAAAACUCGAACAGCUUUAUCAAAAAGUUCUAGAUUAGAAAAAUUCCUAACAAGUCUUGAAGACAAAAGAUAUGCCAAAUUAGUUGAAAUGUCAAAGUUUGUAUAGCACUAAAAGUACUUCAAUUUGAUUCCAUUAAAGAUAUAAAAGAUAUUUAUAUACAUCUAUGAAACUUAUCAAUGAAAAAAU